GAUGGACAGGGCCCAGCCCACCCUCUAGCCUUCUAAGACGAUGUGGAUGCUGUGUCAAGUUCCUCCCCGCAACAUGACACUUCUGCAGCGAUGGGCCAGUGAGUGAUCUGCAGCUCCAAGAAGCUGUACCCAAGGGUGCUUUUUAUAGGAGUUCUGAUGUCAUAGCAGAGGUGGCCUUGGCUCUGAAAGAGCUCCGCAGGAAGCAUUUGAAUGUCCUCCACUGCAUCAGCCUCGCUGACAAAGCCUGGGAAGAUGUCACCUACCAGACCUUAAACACAGUCUACAGGAACAGCAGGCAGAAUGUGUCCCUGAAUGUGACUUUGGAGGAUCUGCUGCACAGGGAGUGAAGGAGGUCGUGUCUGUGGGCAAGAGGGCAGGUUGAAGGUGCAGACCCAGAGGAGCUUGCCAGGGACCAUAAGCAGGAGCUGAUGACAGAAGACCUUGCUGGCCUCCAGAGUGAGCACAGAGGCUUGUUGCGGAGCAUCCACUGAGGUAGAGGAAGGCCGGGAGGAGGAGGAGGUUGGCAGCCAUGGGAUCAAAUCCAUUCUGGAAAAUGGAACGAGUGCUGGGUUUCUUUAAGAAGCCCACCCCAACAUAACCAUGUGCAACAGUGUCGAAUCUGAUGAACCAUAACGUAGUCUCUCAUUUCUGAAGGGUUAUGCAGGGCAGGAAAACAGAGACAUUAGACAGGUUUUUUCAUUAAAACUGAUCCUGCAGUGACAAUGAAGACAGGAAGCACCUGAAGGAGAGCACUCUGAUGUCCUUAUGGAGGGAGACUCUCCCUCCAAUAAAUGACCUCCUCUCCACUCUUCCUGUCCUCCGUGCCAGAAAUUGCCUCAAGGCAUUUGGGCAGUCCUUCUCCAUCCACCGUAAGGUUGCCGAGGAUGGAGAGACUCGGGAAGAAACGCUUCUGCAGGAAUCGGCCUCAAAGGAAGCUUACUACCUGGGCAAGAUCUUGGAAAUGCAGAACGAACUGAAGCAGAGCCGGGCUGUGGUCACUAAUGUCCAGGCGGAAAAUGAGAGACUAACAGCCGUCGUUCAGGACUUGAAGGAGAACAAUGAGAUGGUGGAGCUGCAGAGAAUACGGAUGAAGGAUGAGAUCAGAGAGUACAAAUUCCGGGAGGCCCGGCUCCUGCAGGACUACACUGAACUGGAAGAGGAAAACAUCACACUGCAGAAACUCGUGUCCACCUUGAAACAGAACCAGGUGGAGUACGAGGGCCUGAAGCAUGAGAUCAAGCGCUGCGAGGAGGAGGCGGUGCUGCUCAACAGCCAGCUGGAGGACGCGCUGCGGCUCAAGGAGAUCGCGGCCCACCAGCUGGAGGAAGCACUGGAGACGCUCAAAAACGAACGCGAGCAGAAGAACAGCCUGCGCAAGGAGCUGGCCCAGUAUGUCACCCUCGGCGACAGCCACCUCGGCCUCUCCGUGGACGGACUCAAGUUCACCGAGGAUGGUGGGGAGCCCAACAACGACGACAAGAUGAACGGGCACGUGCACGGGCCCCUGGGGAAGCUGAACGGUGACUACCGGGCGCCCACGCUGCGGAAGGCCGAGGCCCUGCACCCCGUCUCAGACCUGUUCAGUGAACUGAACAUCUCGGAGAUCCAGAAGCUGAAGCAGCAGCUGAUGCAGGUGGAGCGGGAGAAGGCCAUCCUUCUGGCCAGUCUCCAGGAGUCCCAGACACAGCUGGAACACACGAAGGGAGCGCUGACAGAGCAGCACGAGAGGGUGCACCGGCUCACGGAGCAUGUCAAUGCCAUGAGGGGCCUGCAGAGCAGCAAGGAGCUCCGGGCUGAGCUGGACGGCGAGAAGGGCCGGGACUCUGGGGAGGAGGCUCAUGACUAUGAGGUAGACAUCAAUGGCCUAGAGAUCCUUGAGUGCAAAUACAGGGUGGCCGUCACGGAGGUGAUUGACUUGAAAGCAGAAAUUAAGACCUUGAAGGAGAAAUACAAUAAAUCCGUAGAAAACUAUACCGAAGAGAAGGCCAAGUAUGAGAGUAAGAUCCAGAUGUAUGACGAGCAGGUGACAAGCCUAGAGAAGACCACCAAGGAAAGUGGCGAGAAGAUGGCUCACAUGGAGAAGGAGCUGCAGAAGAUGACUGCCAUCGCCAACGAGAAUCACAACACCCUUAACACAGCGCAGGAUGAGCUGGUGACCUUCAGCGAGGAGCUCGCUCAGCUGUACCACCACGUGUGUCUGUGCAAUAACGAAACGCCCAACAGGGUCAUGCUGGACUAUUACAAGCAGAGCAGAGUCACCCGCAGUGGCAGCCUAAAGGGGCCUGAUGACCCCAGGGGACUUCUGUCUCCACGAUUAGCCAGGCGGGGUGUGUCAUCUCCAGUAGAAACAAGGACCUCAUCUGAACCAGUUUCAAAAGAAAACACAGAGGCCAGCAAAGAACCAAGUCCAACGAAGACGCCUACGAUCUCUCCUGUUAUUACUGCCCCGCCAUCUUCUCCAGUGUUGGAUACAAGUGAUAUCCGCAAAGAGCCAAUGAAUAUCUACAACCUUAAUGCCAUAAUCCGGGACCAAAUCAAACAUCUGCAGAAAGCAGUGGACCGGUCCGUGCAACUAUCUCGGCAAAGAGCAGCAGCCCGGGAGUUGGCCCCCAUGAUCGACAAAGACAAGGAGGCCUUAAUGGAGGAGAUUCUGAAGCUCAAGUCACUGCUGAGCACCAAGCGGGAGCAGAUCGCCACACUGAGGGCGGUGCUAAAAGCCAACAAGCAGACGGCAGAGGUGGCCCUCGCUAACCUGAAGAACAAGUACGAGAAUGAGAAGGCAAUGGUGACUGAGACGAUGACGAAGCUUCGCAAUGAGCUGAAGGCUCUGAAGGAAGACGCUGCCACCUUCUCCUCCCUGAGGGCAAUGUUUGCAACCAGAUGUGAUGAAUAUGUCACACAGCUGGAUGAAAUGCAGAGACAGUUAGCAGCCGCAGAGGAUGAAAAGAAGACCUUAAACACUUUAUUACGAAUGGCUAUCCAGCAAAAACUCGCCCUAACCCAGCGGCUGGAGGACUUAGAGUUUGACCACGAGCAGUCCCGACGCAGCAAAGGCAAACUUGGAAAGAGCAAGAUCGGCAGCCCUAAAGUAAGUGGGGAGGCGUCAGCCACCGCGCCCACCAUAGACACUUACCUCCUGCAUAGUCAGGGCCCACAGACACCCACCAUGAGGGGCAGCAGUGGCACUCAGAGGAAAAGACAAUUUUCACCUUCCCUUUGUGAUCAGAGCCGUCCCAGGACUUCAGGGGCCUCCUACCUCCAGAGUUUAUUAAGCGUUCCCCCCGAUCCCACCUCCACAGAAUCAUUUCUUCUGAAGGGCCCCCCUUCCAUGAGGGAACUCAUCCAAGGGCACCGGCUCAGCAAGGAAAAAAGGUUAACCGUGGCUCCACCAGAUUGUCAGCAGCCUGCUGCCUCCGUACCGCCACAGUGCUCACAACUAGCCAGGAGGCAAGACUGCCCGCCCGUCAGUGCUGAUGCCACCCUCCCGGAGGAGCAGCCACCCGCCAGCCCUCCGUGCGCCCCACUCCACUGUCUGGCCAAGCCGCCCUGCCCCUAGUCUCUCCGCUGCCACCGACCUCCCCUCCAUGAGGCUCCAGCCACAUGGGCCUGCGGUGUUUUCUUCUCUCUUCUCGGUCGCUGGGUGCACAGGUGGACUGGAGUCCGUUGUUUCGGAAGAGGAGAAAACGCUGGGAAGAGUAACACAGAGCACAGACCCCGUGUGAUCAGACGUCUCAUGGUGUUCCUGGGGCCCAGAGACACUGCAAUUCGAUGGCUACAGCUCAGUCAGAAAAAGAAGGGAAGCAAGAUGAGGCGUGUGUGUCAGACGGCUGGCUUGGCCUCAGUGGCCUAAGAGACACCUCAGACCUGCAAAAUGCAAACACUGUAAGAUGAGCUGUCCUCAUGCCACACUCGGCGACAUAAUGUUUUUGUCAUUGAUAUUUAGUUUUGUACUUUAUUUGCUAUAUGAUUUAUGCUAUAAGAAUAAUUUCUGUGAGAGACGAAUUUAAUUUACUUAUUUUUAAAUAAGCCUCAUCUGCUCAGUUCAAUGAGUUUUAAUUUAGUUUUUAGUCUGGAACUGGCCAGACUGGUCAUGUUUCUUGCACAAAGCGAUAAAUGAGGUGCAUCAGAAUGUUAAAAUAACUGUAUUUUGCUGCUACACGGAUAUUGUUUAUGCACUUAUUUCUAAUCAGUAGCUCAUUAACUGCUGGUUUCUGUUUUAACCAGAAUUCUUCAUCAAUGAAUAAGUCUAAGAAAGAGGUUAAGUUGUGAUUCCUGACUUACUCAGUUUUUUAACCGCAUUGCAUAGGUGUACUGUGCUGCUCCUCUGUGCGUGUGGCCACGCGUGAAGACAUUAAAGAAGGCUAAAUCAUGUAAAGGGAGGAAAUGCUGUGUUUAUUUAAUGACCAGAGUUGUUUUUUUCUUCCAAAUUCAGGUUCCUACUAUGAGUCUUUCCUGCUAAACAGUAUCAAGAACAAAACACACCUAAAUAGACGUAAGGUAGCCUUGGCAAGUUAAUUUGCACCAAUGGUGUUCAGAUUUUGAUUAGAAUUGUAUGUUUUGUUGUUAGGUUUUUUCAUAAUGAAUCGUCCUUGCCAAAAAAAAAAAAUAUAUAUAUAUAGAUAACAAACCUUAGCUCAUUGUCUACUUUUGACAAACACUCAGGUGCCUACAAAUCAUUAUAUUAUAUUAUACUGAUGAUAAGACAUUGCUGGUUAAUUUACAGGUUCUGCUAGGUAAUUUUUAUGACUUGAUUUAAGGCAGUGGAUUUUCAUAGCAAAAUUUUUUUGCACAUUAUCUGACAAACAAGGAAAACAGGUUCAGCAGCUGAGAAGUGUCUCAGGCUCCCUCCCACUCAAGGGCUCCCAGCCCUGAUUCCUUGUCUUUGUCAGUAGCCUUAACUUAUUUAAAACCAGAAAGGUUUCACCUCUUCAUAUAUCUGUAAUUUCUCUUCCAAAUGAGCUCGGUCCUCACUGUUAGCACCAAGAACAGUUAGCAAUGUAGGACACUACCCAUGACGAUCCUGGAGCCACUUGGCUAAGCAGUGGAGGGCAGUGCACAUGGGAUGCCCCUCGAAAGUCAAGUCAUCAAGCGCACAUAGGAGCUUCAGACAAUUGUCCCCCCAUCAGGGAGUAGUCACUAUUACCAAAGCAGCCAAGAGUUUCUGUGUUCCUUACAUGAGUGCUGUCUUCACCAGUGUCAUUUCUCGAGCAACUUGGCCUAAACAGUUGAAACCUCUACCAAGAUAGGCAUUCAGGUCAGAACGCAGAAAUGGACAGACCUUCACCAAGUCCUGAUCAUAGCUUGUAAGGCGCACGUUCCUACCUGUAUCUCCUUGUUGGCGACAUACUGGGUUUUAUUAAGUGAGUUCAGUUUAAGACUGACCCACCCUGCUCUUUCUUUUCCUUUUGGAGUCAAGUGUUUGGACCUGAGAAGGCGCAUAAUUGCUAAACUGACUUCGUGCCUGAGGGAAAACAUACAUUUCUACCAUGACCACAGAGCAACCUUCCAUCGCCUGUCACGUGCUGGUGGAAUGGGAACUGGGCUGCAGAUGCUGUGUGGCUGGAGCUGGGUUUUCCUGUCCACAGGGCUCAGUGUGUUGCCCCAGCCCUGCCCCAUCCUCCCUCUGGUUUAUCACCCAGUGCAAAGCCGAGGAGUGUGCAAAGCAUUUAUUUCUUCCAGUAUGAAAUCUGUCAUUAAAUCUGUUAGAAAGUGGUCUCUAACAAGCAUGGGAAAUGCUUGUUCUGAAGUAUUAUUGUAUAAAACAAUUUUAGCAGAAUUUUGACAAAAAAAUAUAGAAACUUCAAACUAAAUUUUUCUUUUCAGCACACAAUUAGGUGGUGCAGCCUAAAUCGUAAGAGAGAAUACUACUUCCACUGUGGCGUCAUUUAGCAUAGUGGUUUAAACCCAGCCAUAUUUAUAUUUAUUUAUAGGCAUUUUAAGUGAGUAGAUAUGUGUAGCAGCAGUAAAAAUCAGUACCUGUAAAGAUAACAUCAGGAUCCAAAAGGAAGUUAAGAAGUGAAGAACUAGUGAGAAACAAAAAGAAUGAACUCCGAUCAAUCAAAGAUGCGUGCAGAGAAGGGAAAUGAUGGGCUGAAGUCCAGUCUAAGCCAUGGGAUCCUGUUCACAAAUGUGGCCAGCAACAUGCCGGGGAGCUGGCCGGUGUGGUUAGCAAAGUAAGCACAGUGGUGGCACAGAGAGGAAUAGUUAAGGUGUAGAAAUGCUUUCCUACUGAAGAUUUUUUUUUUUAAGGUACAAAAUAGUAACAAAGUAAAAAAUAAAUGGUUUGACCUGAGUUCUUGGGAUUGGCAAAACCUUGGAUGACUCUUUCCCAUCAAUUGAUGUUUCAUUAGAUGCUUUCACAUAUCCAAUUGUAAUUUUUUAAAAGAAAUUUGGAAAGCUCUGAAAAAACAAAGUUAUUAACUAAUAAAGAUUGAGAAACUAUAUCUACUUAGCCUAAGGAAGAAGAGAUAUAAUUGUAGCCUUCCAGAAAAGAGAAUUGAUAGAAACAGCCAUAGACACCACUAAGACUAGAACUAGGAAAUCUUCAAAGUGAAGGAUUUAUAUUAACUCUAGAAUAGAGAUUUUUAGCAAUGGAAAAUCAGUCAUCAGAAUGAUAUAAGAAAGAUUUGUGUUUUAAAAAUUGAAUAUUAUUGGUGGUUUGGUAAGUAUUAAGUGGCAAGAAAUCUUAAAAUAAUGCGUUAUUCUGCAAACCUAUAAUCCUAUAUUCCUUAUUCUUAAAGUAGUUCUGUUUGGUCAUAAAUAUUUUAUCCUUUGAAAUAGCAUAGCAAUCUUAACUUCAACAAGAUAUUUGUUCUUUUUUUAAAAAAAAGAAAAGAAAAAAGGACUGUUGGUAAUUUUUUUCCUUCUAGCUAUAUAUCAUUUUGUCCUUAAAGUUGUCCACAAAAUAGUAAUUUUAGUAUUAAAAGCCUCAGUUUUGGGAGUCUAGAAAGGAAAUGUCCUUAGGAAUACCUGAGAAGCAGAAAGGUAUGCAGUCCCUCUAGCAGAGGGAGGGCGUGAGCCAAAUGCCUUCCGACUUUCAUCUCUACUGAAAAGCAUCUUUCAUGUUUGCUUUUUUCUGCGCUAUGGAAAAUAUUCUGAUAUAGCAAAGACCUGCUGCUUCAAACAAGCAUAAAGCAUUGGUCUAAUAAACUAGCUAAGAGUGUGGAAAUAUCCUGAUAUAAAUCCUCUCCAGUUCUCCAAUAAAGAUUAUGAAACAUGAAAAUGAAGAAAUGAAAUCUAUUUUCUACUGAAAUAGAAAUAUAAAAUUUUAUUGUCAUAAUCAUCCAAGAAAUAGUGUGUCCAGAAGGAUACAUCAAGGAACCCAAUGGGUUUCCCAUUGGAACACUUGGCUGGCUCAGCCCACAAUGCCUCAGAUGGAUACAUCUAUAUUGCAGAUACAUCUAGGUUUAAAAGAAACUCUUAGGGUGAGGUUCACAGCUUUAAAAGGUUUACUAUCUUUUUGUUUGUUUGUUUGCUUAGAAACCAGAGUACUUUAAGAUAAUCCUUAUUAUUAAGACUGCAGAAAGUUUGUAGUGAUGUUUUCUAAUGAAGGGAACAUACUUUUUCAGAAAGCUGUUGAACUGGAGUCACUGUUCAGGAAUGAUACUGACACAUGAUUUUUGACCUUAAAUUCAAUUUCUGUAGACAUAAAAGACCAACAUAGCUCCUGAGUGACCCUUCCCAUUGUUGGCAAUGGUGUUGGAAAUUAAAUUCAUCUUUAUUUAAAUGCCAACUUGACUGCCAUGGUCCCUGCUGUGUGGCAUUAGUAGCAUGAUCCUGUUGUGUUAACAACUGAUUUUCCCUAGACAUCGCUUUCAUCCUAUUAUAUAAGGUAUCACUGAAAGAGGUAUUUAGUAUUAAGAUAUAUUCCCCAAUGGAGCAUUUUUCAGAGAUGAUAUUCUGUUUAAAAAAGAGAAGGAGAAGCAAUUAACUACCUUUUGUGUAAGGCAAGAGUACAAUGUAAGAAGUGUAGGAUGUAAGAUGUUUGCAUGAGAUAGCUCAUGUCAGGUAAGCUUUUCUAUGUCCAUACGACAAAACCUGAGAAAUCUUUUUUCUCUUGUGACCUCUCCAUUAGGAGUGUAAGGACAUUGCCGUAUACCUGGUCCCUUUCAUUAUUCAAUGCAUGGCUCUUAGUCUCAAUGUAUUUUUAUCCCUUUCCUCCGGAAAAGCUAUUUAAAAUUUGCCCUAUUUAAACUGAAAUCUGGAUAAACUGCUGAGCCAGAUUAUUUCUGAGAUCAGAGUUUAAUUGCUGUACAACACUCAUUGGGAAUUUAUUUUAUUUCAGCAUUUCUUUUAAAAUUACUCUCUGGUCAUUCUGAUUCUCUAAUGAAAACAUACUUCUUAGUGCAAAUGUAUGUUUUUCCUUUCAAAAAGUUAUUUUAAAAAUAAAGACCAGGGAACUAUAAAGCAAAGGGAAAUGUCAUGAGUUUGUAUAAAAAGUCUUAUUUGGUGAUAAUGGAAAUAUCGAACGAAGCAUCAUUGGGUUCAUAGAUACAAUUGUUUGGCAAAUUGUAGAGGAAAUACAUCAUUUUGACAUUAUUGCCACAAGAAUUUUUAAGCUCAAUGGUUUGACUGUUAAGAGUCAGUUAAACUAUUCUUUGAAAACCUUUUAUGACAUUUUUGUAAUCUACUCAGUGUUUUUAUUUGCAUGAUUAUGCGUAUAUGGUGAACAAACAUGAUCCUGAUAGUACUGUAUUUCUUGGCAGUACUAACAUUCGUGUCGCGUGAGGCCAGCCUUGAUUUGUACACUGUGUGAUUAUUGUAAUGAUUCAGCUAUUCCUACAUUUAAUUGCAGUUUUAUUGUCAUGCCUUCUGGGGCUAAAUGAUGUGAAAUGUUUCCACUUAAUUAUAAUAUCAUAUAAAUACAUAACUAAAAGACUGAUCUAAGAAACAUUUUUGUUAAUUAUUUUUUAAAAAUCCAAAUUUCAAAGAAAAAUUCUCAAAGACACAUGCAUUUAUUUUAAAUUCAAAAAAGUUCUUAUGUAUUUAUUAUUGCUGGUCGUUUUUACUUUUUUAUUGUGGACAAUCCUCAGUGAAUGUCUUUUGGGAGAACCGUGUAAGACGUGCUUGUAUUUGUGUGAUCUGAUCAUGCCCUCAGUGGUUGGGAAAGCGAAGAAAGUAACCAGAAGUCAAUCUACCAAUUCUUAUAUCUUGGUUUAUGUUACCAACUGAAUAUCAUGUAAUGCAUAAAUUUUUUCCAGUAAAUAAACCAGUUAUCUUUUGUUCAUUUCA